AUGCGCAGAGAGUCCGUGGAUAUACGAUUGGAAGACAUGCAGGCAGCGGAGAUCGUCAACGCUACACGCGAGGUGUCACAGCCACGUGUACGCGCACGCUCCGGAAGCACGAGCAUAACUCGGCGGCCCAAGAUGAUCGCGCGAGCCGCGAACGAGCGUGCACCUCCAAUCAAACUCCCUCCGUGUCCCGACGAAUACGACAGCGGUCCUGAAUUCCCGCUACGGCAACGACCACUAUAUAUCCGACAACGCAGCAUGAGUGUCCAGGUGAAUUAG